GUUUCACGUAUCACUAAAUCAUGUUGAAAAUUAACUUUAAAAAAAUAUAUAGAUUUUUUAAAAGCAGUACAUCCUGCAGAGGUUACAUGAGUAAUAUGUCAGCUGCUCGUUCUCAGACAGGACCCACUUCCACACUGUGAGACCACGCCCCUGUGGGUUUGAGUGACAGCGCUGAUCUGGAGACAGCGGGGUGGCCAGUCACGCUCUCGCCAUGCAAAUGAGCUGCUCCUCGAGCCGGGCGGGUGCCCAUGUGGACCAGCACCAUGCCUUGUUGUUCUGAGCGCUGAUUGGCUGGCUGGCGCCUGAUCCGUCUGCAUGCGCUGCGAGCCAACGGCUGAAACGAAGCCGCGGAGGACCAUUGACGUCAACGGAUAAUGUCUAAAAAGAGUCCCACGGAAAUACAGCCUCACACGGGAAGUUGAAUUGUUAACCGAGUUGUCGGUUAAACGGCUGCUUUAGUUGUGAAAGAAAUUACGAGAAGUUAUGAGAAGCCUAAGUUUUGUAAAAAGUGGCAUCGAGGUGGUGGUGGGCGUGAGACGGCUGCCGGGUUUUCUUAGCGACCGUAGUAACAGGGCGGGGCAGGAAUCCGGGAGGGGCGGGCCUUACCGAGAACACGACUCGCCUUGUUGUGUGUAUUCCCGUGCUCGCUUCGCCAUCUUGUUGCAAUCCUUUUUUUUUUAAGUAUUUGGGGAUCUACUUUCUGUUUGGCUGGAUUUGAAUAAAAAAAAAAAAACUACCCGGCUGCUUUCUGGAGAACCACAGUGGGGUUCACACGGGUGUGAGCCGUGCACGCAGCGCUUACUACCGGGGCACUACUUUCCUUCCCCCCCCCCCCCACCCACCUCCUCCUCUUUCCAUCUUGGACCACCGGGUCCCCCCCCCCCUCCCCCGCCGUCAGGGUUUACCUGAAAUGAGUAUCGACACACUUUUGGAGGCGGCCAGGUACCUGGAAUGGCAAGCCCAGCAGCAACAGCAAUCCAGACGCGAGGAUGAGCCAUGUAAACAGAAGGAAACCAUCAACACAGAGGCUGAGUCUAAACAUGUGAAUCUGAUGACUUCAGCUCUGCCUGUCCAGUCCAACCACACAGCCUGGGCUGAUGAUGCCCAUCGCCAGCAGUCGCAUCACCCUCCUGCCCCUCCACCACCCCCUCUCCCACCUUCACAAGUUCCCAUAGCCAUCAUCCCAAUGGUCCCAGUCGUCAGUGCAACACCCUCUGUCCCCCCUCUUCCGCUUACAGCGCAGAUAGGGGCGGCUGCAACAUCACUCAGCAGCCCCCUGCCACUUAAGACAGAAAGCACUUCAUCCACUCCGCAGCAGCAGCUAGCAACUCAUCACCUGUUGUGCCCCUCCCAGAUCAAAAUAGAACCUGCUCAGCAGCUGAUCGAUGUAAAGCCCGGUCUAUCACAGCCUCAGGUACAGAUUCAGUACCCAGCCUCUAUUGGUACCAAUGGCUCAGGCUCCCAUCAUGCACUGGUUCCCCAUCAAGCUCCACCUAUACCACAGUCACACCCUAACGGAGUGACGAUAGAGGACAUGAGGGGGAUGGAAGGGAAGAGGAGACCUGGAGGAGCGGGAACCAGAGAGGUGCAUAAUAAGCUGGAAAAGAACAGGAGAGCGCACCUCAAGGAGUGUUUUGAGACGCUAAAGAAGAACGUUCCUAAUGUCGAUGAGAAGAAAACCUCUAACCUCAGCGUUCUGCGCAGUGCACUCCGUUACAUACAGACUCUGAAGCGUAAGGAGAAGGAGUUUGAGCACGAGAUGGAGCGUUUGGCCAGAGAGAAGAUCGCCACACAACAGCGGCUGGCCGAGCUGAAGAAGGAGCUAAGUCAGGGCAUGGAUGUCAUGGAGAUCGACAGAGUCCUCCGACAGACCAUCCAGCCGGAGGAUGACCAGGCCUCCACGUCUACAGCUUCAGAGGGAGAAGACAACUACGACCAGGAUAUAGAUGAGGAAGCUUCUGCCCGUCUUGCUCCCACAUCCCUCCCUAAACUAACACCCCCCAUCUUACAAGCCCAGCCACUCCUGGCUUCACAUCUGUCUAUCCAGCAUGCCAUUCUUCCUCUUUCUGGAGUCCUCACCACACCUCCUCCGUCUGGUCCUCCUCCCCCCCAAGCCAUUGCCCCUGCUCCACCCCCGGGCCCACCUCCUUCUCUUCACCCUCAGCAUCCCCUUCAGCCUCCACCUGUGCAGGUCCAGCCAACCGUCAUUGCUCACGCUGCUGUUUCACACCCGUCAGUCAUUCACUCUGUUAGUCACACCCUUCCAGCCAAUCACAAACACUUAACACACAUAGCCCCCUCUCCUGGUCCCACCUCCUCCACCCCUCAGCCAAUGGCAGCAGCAGCACCCAUCAACGCAACUCACCAACAUAUAGCUCAGCCCAUCGGACACAUCACCGUCCACCCGGUGGCCCACCUGGGGGCUCCACUUGCAUCCCACCUCCCAACUCUGUACCCCCAGGGGGUGCCUGUCACCCAGCCCACCAUGGUGGGCCACAUCACUCACACCUUCACCCACCACGCCCUGCCACACAUCCAGGCCAGCCCUCAAGCUAAUACUAAUGGAGCGCAGGUGAACAGCACGGCUGUGGUGAGCCAGGGGGGACAGGGGCUGGGGAAACCCACAGCGAUGCUGGCCCCGCACCCUCAGUUGGUUGGGCAGGCUGCUGUCCUCAAUCCUGUUACCAUGGUUACAGUCCCAACCUUCCCUGUCAGCACCCUUAAACUGGCCUAAAAAAUGACAACGGUCACAUAGACCAAUAGAGAAACAAGACAGAUUCAGAGGUUCUGGAUCUGUAUUCAGUCACAUAAUUUCUGACAAAAGUUGGCUUUGGACAUGUAGUGAUGAGAAUCUUUGUGAUAUUUUAUUCACAGCCCUACUAAUGAGAACAUUUCUGCAGACUCUGGAUUCUGGCCAUUGUUGGUGAAAAUGAGACUGUGACAUUUGACUUUGUGCAAAGUCAGGAACUUAGUUUGAUCUUUCUUCUUCCUUCCUCACUUCUUUCUUCCUUUCCUCUGCAACCAGAAGCACUAACAUGAUAAGCUCAGUUCUACUCUGGCAUCAGAGAUUUACUUUCAUCGUUCAUCUUCUCAGUUAGUAAAAGGUGUUGUCGUCAGCUCUUAAUGCAGUGACACUAGUGUGAGCGCUGAACAGGAGAAACGAAUGUGUUAAAGAGGAUCAGGGUAAAGGAGCUCACUGAUCUAAAUAAAUUAUUCACAACAGCUUUGAUCAUGAAGGACAAAAUUCCUCAUUUUUUUGAAUCGUCUGAAGGUUUUUCAUCAUGUGCUCCAGCUUCACCCAAAUCGGAAGUUCACAAACCAAAAAGAGAAAAAGGAAAUGUGUCUAACGUCUUUCUGUUCUGUGCUGUUUGGAUCGGAGUAUAUGUGCACAUGUGGGGUUUUCACCCACUCCUGGACAACAGCAACACUGGCUUUGUGUACGUUAGUGUCAACACAGUAGGUAAAUAAUACGAAGCAAAAACCUACAGAAAAUGUUGCCUCUGUCUCCAUUUACCGACUGAUUUCCCUCUGUUCUUCUCAUGAUGUUCCCCCAACAUGUUUUAUUUUCUGGCUGCUACAACAGCGCCCCCUGCUGCCUUACUGCAGAGCUUACCCUGAUGUCACUUACAUGCAACACUUGUAUUAAGAGCCAAAAGUGCCACAAUGUAAUAAAUAAUCAUUCAAACAUAAUUAAUAUAAAACUGCAAAUAAAUGCAUUUGAUAAAUAGACAAAUACAGAAAUAAAUACAUAAAUUAAUAUGUAAUUUAAUCAUACAGCCAUCUUGUUAGAAUUAUUUAAAUGUGGCAUUAAUUAAAUACAUAAUUAGAUAAUUCUAUGUAAACAUGAAUGGAUUAAAAUUUGUUAUUAAAUGUUAAAGCCCUACAUAAUUAUUAGAUAUAUAUUUUACAAUGGUUCUUAUGCUGCUGGCUGGGUAUGAAUAAUUUUGGCCUUCACUGUAAUUCUGAUUGGUUUAUCUACAUAGCAAGUCAAAUUCAGACCAAUUAUCUUGACUAAAACAAUGGUAGCCCCGCCCACUUACUCUGCCGGGCAAGGCUCGCAGAUUUAAAUUAAACGUUGCGUCUCAGCACACCCCCAUGAAAUAUAUCAAUAAAUGUGCCUUUCUAGAAACAAAAUAAUUAAAUAUGUAUUUAAUAAAAAUCUAUAUACUUCCAAAAUGUAUUUAUUAUUAAUGCAUUUAAGUACUAUUUGAAUAAUUAGUUUUUUUUAAUUGGGUUGUGGCAUUUUCGGAUCUCCUUAUGCUAGGAGCACAACACACCUCUUACAGCUCUGAAAAUUGGACUUCAUAUAUCAGCACAAACUGUGAACCUUAGCAAUUAUUUCAGAUGGGUCUGCAGUUUUUUUCUUGUGCAAACAGCUGUUCAAUUAAAGGUUUGGAAACAUGUGCAAACCAAACAAAAGAGUUGCAAAACAUAAUCUAGUUUUGUAAAUAAUUAACUUUAGAAAAUAAUUUUCCUUAGCAUUGGGAUUGUAUUGUGACGCCCGCGAAUGAUUUCAUUUGUAUGUGUGUGUGUGUGUGUGUGUGUGUGUGUGUUGUUCGAAUGUUUAUGUGCAGACACACUUCCAGCCUAAAGACGUCGUUCUCUCAUUAUUGUACGUUAACAUAGUGGAUCCGCUCCUCUCCUCCUCUGCCGUUUCCCUGUGUUACGUCUGUAAAUGUGACUAUAUGUUUUAUAUAUUCUCUGCUAUACUUAAUCCUAUUGUACCUGUAGCAUGGCUGUUUGUAGGUUGUGCAGUUUGCCCCAUGCAUGAUGGUUUGUGUGUGUGAGUGUGUGUAGCUGUUAGCAGGUUAUUUUUUUACACAGAUUUAUGAGAUGAGCCUGUUUGAAUGCUAUCGUGUGUGCCUAUACUCAGUUUCCCUGAACACUGUGACAACUCUGGCUAAACACGUACUUGGAGUGAAUGGAAAAAGAUUUAUGGUUUUUUUUUACCUAAUAUUUUUUAUUUCGACUUGCGAUGUCGAGCUGAAAAAGUAAAAAAAAAAAAAAAAAACAGCAAAAAAGCCUGUUGAUCAUUUCUGGUUAAAAUAAUGUCUAAUACUGAAAUUGAGUUUUGUAAUAUUUGUACGUAUGGAAGUGAUGUAACUCGUGAUCGUACGCAUGUUUCAGCAUAUGAGUGUAUGCAUCUUAAAUGCUUGUUUUCUUUUGGUUUUGUUUUGCAUGCAUGCUGCAGUUCCUUUCUUUUAAAAAUGAUCUUUUAAUGUUUCUUUUUCGGGACCAUGUACAAUACUGUAUAACGUGGGCAGAAUCUUGGACCUCAUGCUACAAUGAUAUUAUAUAUAAAAUAUAAAAAACAUGUUUUCCCUAUGGAGAAAGUUUAAGUUAUAUAUCGCCUGUACACUUUGGGCUGCCUUUUAGAUCUAAAUGUCCACUGUUGAAAAUAACCAUAAUGAAAAUGAAUAAAACAUAUUACUAAUAAAGAAUUAUGCUGAUGGAAAUAAUAAAGAUUCUUAAUAAAUCUUAUUACAUUUACAACA